GAAAAGACGUUCUCCGAGAAGAAGGCAGCUUCACCUGUUGGAUAGACGGGCCUCAAGCAACCAUGCCCUAUUUUUGCACCACAGUCACAGCACUUGUUGCUGGGCCCGCACGAGGUCUCAGAGGUGAGAAGAAAGCCUCGGCAAACACGCCCCCGCCCUGCGGAGCCGACGCCUCUGCCAAGGAAGGCGAAUCUGCGGCUCACGAGCACUUGGCAGGGAGACGAGACUCCAGUCCGGGUUUUGUGGUGCGGGGCGGGGAGGGGGGGACUACUAGCGAGCCGCAAGGAAAGGCUAGCCGAAGAGCGUCGCUGGCUCGGUUCAUCCGUCCCCCGCAGCCGCCAACAGCUGGCGAGCGCCACCAGGCCUGUGGAAGGGAGCCGGCGAAGGUCCCCGAGACGCUCUUCCCAGGCGGGCUGACUCCAUGGCUGCAGCGCGCCCGGCCUUCCUGCCCAGCGCGCCCGCUCCUGGCGGCGAUGGUGGCGGCUGCAGCGCCUCUGCUGCCUUGCCGUGAGUGCCUCCUCCGUCUUCGCCGCCGCGCGCCAGCAGCCACCACCCACUAGGCUAGCCCAGCCCAGCCCAGCCCAGCCGCGGUGAGCCCGCUCCCAGCUCCGCGCGGUGCGCUAAGCUGAGCUGGGCGCGGCCAUGCAAGCGCGGCGCCUGGCCAAGCGCUCCAACCUGGGUAGCCGGCGCCUGAGCGCAGCGCCGGGGCCGCCGCUGCAGCCUGCUUUCCCGGAGUCGGGCGCCCGGGGCAUGCCCAAGCCCGAGAGCUCCUGGAGGCCGCCCCGGCGGGAAGGCUCGGCUGCCGCCCUCGAGGAAGAGGACGAGGAGGAGGACGUGGUGGUCGACGUGGAGGAGGAAGACGACGCCGACGAGGCAGAGGCGCCUGGCACGGGCAGCCCCCUGUCGGAGCUCACCGGCCCGGGCAAGGGCCACGCGGCUGCCCGGGGCAGCCUCAAGGCAACCAGCAUAAAGCGUGAAAUGACCUUCACAGCGUUUCAGCAGGAGGACCUAAAAAGUGAUCUGAAUCAAAAACACUCAGACCAGCAAUUCUUUCCAUUGGCUACGAAGGAGGAUGAUUCAAAAACAGCAGACACCAAAAAACCUGCCAGAGCCCAUGAGCAAGAAAAAGAAAGCACUCGUUCCAUCUGCCUUCUUGAGCAGAAACGCAAAGUUGUAUCUUCAAAUAUUGAUGUACCUCCUGCAAGAAAAACUUCAGAAGAACUGGAUAUGGAUAAAGUCACGGCAGCUAUGGUACUAACCAGUUUAUCCACCAGCCCUUUGGUUCGCAGCCCUCCAGUCCGGAACAAUGAGUCCUUAAAUGGAUCUUGGAAAGAAGGAGGAUUUGUGCCUUCCAGUACCAGCAGCAGUGGGUAUUGGAGCUGGAGCGCUCCCAGUGACCAGUCCAACCCCUCCACCCCAUCUCCGCCUCUCUCUGCUGACAGCUUCAAACCAUUCCGAUUGCCCUCUCAGACAGAUGACGGCAUUGAUGAGGCUGAAACUAGCAGUCUCCUCUUUGAUGAGCCCAUUCCCAGAAAAAGGAAGAAUUCAAUGAAGGUGAUGUUUAAAUGCCUUUGGAAAAACUGUGGAAAAGUGCUGAGCACAGCUGUUGGUAUUCAGAAACACAUCCGAACCAUUCACCUUGGGCGUGUAGGAGAAUCUGACUACAGUGAUGGCGAGGAAGAUUUUUACUACACAGAGAUACGUCUAAACACUGACUCAGUAGCUGACGGGUUAAGUAGCCUGUCUCCUGUCUCCCCAUCUCUAGCAUCUCCUCCUUCUUUUCCCACCCAAGAUGUGAGCAAAAGUGAACUGUCAUGUGCCAAAACAGACGCGAAAGGAAUGACACCUCUAAGCCGCUCAGCUCCUACCAACCUCUACCUCGUUCACUCUGAUCAUGCUUAUCAGGCCACACCUCCUGUAAACAUUCCAGGGUCUACCAAAUUCAUGCCCAAUGGAAAUAGCUUUAGCAUCUCCUGGCAGUCACCUCCGGUUACCUUCACUGGUGUUCCGGUUUCACCAACUCACACGCGUCCUGCAGGGAGUGGAGAACAAAAGCAACAGAUUCAGACAGUUCUGUCAUCACCACCCAGAGCAUCAGUUGGCCUGAGGAAACCGAGAGGAGAAGGCAAGAAAUGUCGCAAAGUAUAUGGGAUGGAAAACAGAGAUAUGUGGUGUACAGCUUGCCGUUGGAAGAAGGCCUGCCAAAGGUUCAUUGACUGAAACACAGAAACAUGGAGGAUGCAGAAUGGUUUAUUGCAGAAUUUCUUGCAGCAAUUGUGCUGUGUGACUUCUUUUAGGCCUUUCAGUGUUGGCUUCUAUAGAAGACUUCCACUUCUAAAUGAAGUCACUGUAUCCAAGGAGAACUUUUCAGAAGCCUGCAUGCAGCAAUAGAGGGCAAGCUAACAACAACAAAACCUUUGAAAUAUUUUGAAUCAGGAGCAGCUAUAUGUCUUUUUUUUUUAAGAAUUUUUUUUUUUUUAGUAAUCUGGAUCAACUUGUUUCCUGGAACCACGUAUUUUUCACACUGCAUCACUGUCUGAACUGUUGUGAUCUUUGGGAUCAGAAACAAAAAAUCAAGUGAUACUACUACUUUUCCUGAACUGAAUCUUUUAAAAAAUAUAAAUAUAUAUACACAAACAAGGGGGUGGGGUUCCUACAUCACAAAUGCAUAAGCUAAACCGUUCUAAUCUGAGCAGUCUGGUGCUUCUUCUUUAGAAAUAUUAGAAUAUUGAUUUGCUGGAAAGACAAGCAGCAUUGCGAAGAGGCUUUUAAGGUUGUCCCAGACUUAGACCUGAAGCCUAAAUGCCACCUUUGAUCCUAUCCUAAAGGAAGAUCCUUGGGAGAAAAUCACCAGCAGACCUAAACUACAAAUACUGUACAGCUGCAAGUAGGAUGGGAGUCUGAGUUAAAUGAACUUGGAUUCAAAUAAGCAUAAGGACACAAUUUUGAGUUUUGCUGUAUCUUCUUAGAAGUUAUUACAGGAAAACUCGUAGUACAUCUCACACUGCUGAAGGCCCUGAAGCUUGGGCAGUCUCCCGGACUUCAUAAGCAUUUAUUCAGGGAUGUGAUCCAACCCAGCAGCUUCCUUCCUGGCUUUUUAUGACAUUACAAGAUGAGCGCUUUCAGUUUAAAAUUUCUGAUUACAAACGCCGACAUGGGGAAAACAUCUUACCACUUUCCAGCAAGUAAAAGACAAGUGCAGCAAAGCACCGGUGGACGUAAAGUUCAUGAUGAUAAAGUUGUUUCAAGGUCAUGAAUAAAAUGCUUCACACUGACCUGCAUUUUGAUGGGUUUCCAUGCUGAACGUAAUUUUUUUGGCCCACAAGAGGGCACAGAUUAUUUCAGCAUGUUAAAAAUUGGGCUAGUUCUUGAAGAUCAGUGGAAAUUUUGGGCACUGGGUAAGUCUUCUGUGCAAGCCCAGUUGAAAAUAAGUGAAAGCCUUUGGGAAAAUAAUGCACCAUGGUGCAUUAAUUCCACGGGGGCUUGUGCAUAAGAAUUUCCCAGUGGCUUCGGCUUUUGAUAUUAACUUGGAUAAGAUACAAGCUCUAUUCCCAAGUUGCGGAGACAAAGGCAAAAAUGAGAGACUGUGUGAAUGCUCAGUCCAACUGCUAUAGGCUGGCAAGUCAUAGACAAAAUUUAUUUAUGGGCUAAGAAGGAUUGUGAAGGGCCAGUGAUGGACUGCAUUGCACAUUUCUCUUACUAGACUUUCUACUUUCUGCCUGUGACCAAGAAGAGAGGAAAAAGCACAAAAACUGGUUGGCACACAGAAUUUCUAGGGUUGAUCCUCAUGUAAACUUUGGUCCAAAAUAACAAGAUUAGCUUUAACAAGAGACUCAUUUUUUCGGUCAUCUGUCUGUAUAGGUCGGCCUAAGAUUGCUUUUCAGAAUACAUCUAUCUGGUUAAAACCUCUUACAUAGCAUUUCUAGGGUUCCCUUCAACCUAAGCACUCCAACAGAUAUUCAUUCCAUCCUCUUAACAUCUCCAAAAGGCAAUUCUCCUGUUCCUCUGGCCAUCUUGCACCAUUGUAAUUGUUUCUUAACAACUGAGGAAUAAAGAGCAUGUUUCCCUGGUGACUCGGCAGUAAAAUUACAAAAGACAUGAGCUCAAUAUAGGCAUUUUCCCCCUUCUGACUUGGUAUCCAUUCAUGUCAAGCUGACUAAGGAAGAAGUAAGUGAGGCAUACUACAGAAAAUGAGCAAAGGUUGAUUUUUAUUUCUUCUGUUCUUCCAGGAGCUGUAGCAAUACGGCUUAUUUCUCAUUCUGUAUAAAACUAUUAGAGCACUUAACUUUGCAUACCACAGAUCCUAGGUUCAAUCCCUGGCAUCUCCAGUUAAAGGAUCCCAGGUAGACCUUUUCUGAGCCCUUGGGAGAGCUUCUGCCAGUUAGGGUAGAUAUGAUUGAAUAGACCAGUGGUCAAAGUAUUUUCCCUGACAAAAGGACUAAAAGUCUUGGUAAGCUGUGAGUACUUUGCAGAAUGAAAGCAGGAUCAUAGUGUAUCUUCCACAUAGGAAAUGAUUGCUCAUUAGAAUCAGCAUCCUAAUUGGGAGUCUGGAUUUGAUAUUCUGCUAUCUUCUUGGACCCUGUGUCAUUUACAUGGUCCUAUUCUAGUUCUGUGGUAUUCUUUAAACCAUUUUCACAGGACAGAAUUGCCAUACAAUAUUCAUAUGAUAAUUCAUGUUAUCCAAAUAAAUGUUAGCCUGAAUUAAGGCCACGAGGUCUGUAGAUAUUAGGACAGAGGUGGAAUAUAUCCCAGCUAUGGGGGUGUUCUUGAAAAUAUAUAAUUAACUGGAAAGUUGGAGCUGAUUAUGUAUUUGGUUGCACUUAUUGGAUAUAAUUUAUAAGUUUUAAUGAAUGUGGCAGAUGCUAAAUUAUUAUUGGUAUAUUUCUCCUACUCUGAAAUAUUUAUAUUGGUGCUGUCAGUUCAGAAUCAUUCCUUGUUAAAUCUUAAUAUGUGGACCUGAAAACCCAUGUAUUUGGCAUUUGAUCCUUUAGCAUUUUUGCCACUCAUUUUUCAGCUCAAUCCUGUACUCAUGAGGGCUAGAAACUUUGUUUUUAAAAACUGAAAUACGGGAGUUCUAUGGUAAUGCUUGCUUGCCAAAUAUUGCCCUUAUCAGUGAGAUACUGUUAUAAAAGUUAAUUGGCAUAAUCAGCUGUGUUCUGCCAAACAUUUAUACAGUACUACGUCUGCUCAAGUUUUAAUACUUCUAUGGCCCUUAUAGCAACACUGUGACUGCCCUUGUUUGUGCUAAUGUUUGCCAUAGUUAGGUUAAUGACCUUGUGGGAAAGCAGUCCUAAAACUGGAUUUGGUUGUUUGUUAAAUGUCUUGCCUGAACUGACUUUUAGGUGGCUAUUGGAUCUGGGAUGUGAAGAGGAUAUACUUAAUUUAAGAAUGCAACUGCUGGAGUUUGCCUUGUUGUACAUAGUAACUACUUGUUCUAAAUUGUUUUCAACAUAACCACAGGUUUUUUUAAUUGUAGAAUUUCAAUAGGGUUUUGAAACACAGGAAAACCACAGAAAGUAGGUUAUUAGCCAGAAAAGAUGCAGCAAAAAUAUGUGCUGAAUUGUGCAGUAUCUGUUUUGAAUUAGUGGUGUGCUGAAAGCUCUCUGGUAAAUAUUCAGCACACCACAUUUUCAGCAUGAAUUUGGGUCUGGGGGCCAAACUCCUCAGUGUUUAUCAUUUCCCCCCACACCUGUUCACUGGUAUUCCAGAUGCCUCUCAGCUGCUGCUCCACAUUUUGCCCUUAACUGUCUCCUUUAUUCUCAGACUGCGAUUCCAGACAAUCAUGAAUCAGAUUGUAAAUUGAUGAUGUCACAAAGCCAUAAAGCAUUCAGCUUUGGCGGCAUUGUGAUGUCACAGAGCAGAUUCAGACUGAGGCCAGGAAACAUUGCCCCUCACUCUAAUGACAGCCAGGGGGAAAGCCACUCAGUGAAUAGUUUUGCCCCGCUUUGAAGUUGCCCUUCAAAAACAAAAACAAAAACCCCUUCAAAAGGAGGGUGCAUUUCACUGAGAGAGACAUCAUUAAUGAAAUGCACAUAGACCCAUUCUUGUUAAGAGCUUUUUAAAAUAUCUUCCCAAUCCCCUAUUUGCUGCUGCUAAAGUAUUGCAUGGAUUUUGGUAUUGGGUCUUGUACACAGAAGCCUAGUAGCUGUGUAUCUUCCCUGCCCAAUUCACAAAUUGCUAUUUCAAAUGUUAAGAUUUCCAUGGAUUCAUGGAAUGAAAUGAAUUCAUUCAUUUGGUGACUAUAGUUUGUUUGAAUGUAAUUCCAUUAUAAUAUUGGCCAUGUUAGAGUGAACCAUGAAAGAAAGGCUUGAGUUUGCUCUUGUACAGUGAUGUGGGUUUUCUGGAAAAUAACAUGCUGGAAACCUUUCUGGAAUUAUUUUUCCAGAAAUUCAGUAAAGCACAUGUAAUGUCCCUGUUUAUGUUCAAAUUCAAAACGUCAUGUGAAAUGAAUACCUUUUAGAGUUUAAAAAUAAUAUACAAUCAUAAUUUCUAUAAACACUUCCAACAUCCCAACAAGAGAAAGAAUUUUAUUUCUUUGGCUGUACAAGUAAAAUUAAAACCACCAAUGUGGCAAAUUCACAACUUCAUUUUUAUUAUUAUGUAUAUUUUGGUUUUAUUUUAACCCUGUUUACAAAUCAAUAGGCGAGUGUGUGUGUGUAUGUAUCAGACACACAAACACACACCCUACCUCCGUCCCUCAGGAUCGUCCUUGUUACUGCCAGUCUGUAGCAGUACUGAUUGGCAUUGACUGAUUAUGUUACAAAUUAAUUUUAUGGGGGGGGGGGGAAUUAUUUAAAAAUGGAAAAUGUUUAGUGGGAAAUGUAAUGGUGGAAAAUAUCAAUUUCAGAAAAUUUUCCAGCCCACAUUACUGCUCUUGAAUGACAAAUGCAAACUCUUGACACAGGGUGGUCAUUCAUACAAUCUACAGCCCUGUGAAACCUGCUUCCAGGACCAUGAAAUCAGCUUCUGCUUUUGUUCUUUAUCUUUAUAUUUAACCUAACAAAAAGAGGCAGGAUUUAAGCAGCUUCUUAGUUUCACACAAACUUGCACUAGCCCACUGGAACCUUUGGCAGUUCCCCUGCCUCCCCACCAACAUCUGCCCUCCUGUGCCAUAUCACAGGGUUGGUUUGUUUUUAAAGUCUCCUGCAUUUCAAAUAAGCUUGCUGUCUACAUGGGUGGGUGGGGUUGGUUCUUAAGAAAAGCAAGCCCCCUUUGGGCUCACAGAAGCUGUUGUAUGGUUCUUUAGAUCCUGGCCACUGAUUCUAUAAUAAUUUAAAAUGUGGAAUACAGCUCACCUGUUCACUGCCUUUAGUUAUUCUCUAGAUAGUCAAGAUUUGUCAGCAUAUUAAUAGUGAUAAAUCACAAACUGUACAGGAUUGCUUGAUGUAACUAAUGAACCACAUUUUCUGCUAGUAUACUUCCCCAACUUCUCCCCUCCCCCUCCAUUAUGGAAUGUGUAAAGCAUCAAUAAGCACAUGGAACCUGUUAUUUUAAAAGUUUUAUUUGUACCUCUCAGUCCUCACAAACUAUGUCAAAAGUUAAACUUCCUAAGAACAUAAGUUGCUUUCCUAGAUCAGACUAAAAGUCUACUGUAUCUAGUAUGUUGUUAUAAUUCUAAAAAGUGGACAGCUCAUAAGAAGUCCAAUGGGGGAAACAACUUUCUCCUGUGGUGUGUCUCCUAUAACUGGCAUUUAGAAGUAUGCGGGCUGACAUUCUGAUUAUGGACAUGUGCGUGUAAGGAGGGGCUGAGGGGAAAUGCCAGAAACCCUCUCACAAGGGUCCCGAUCCCCUGGUGUGCACACUGUUGUGCAUUAGAGUUUGGAGCACUUCCCAUGCUCCAGAAACACUCUGCAAGAUGGGAACCACAGCAUUGAUCCUCAGUGAGGUGUUUCUGAUCACUUCGGUAGUGUUCCAGUCCCUAAUGGUUCUUGCACAAGAGCACACAUGAAGGAAGACUGGAGAAAUUCUGCAAGGGUUCCUGGCACAUCCCCACUGUUCUUCCUUAUCUGCACACUUUGUUAGUCAGGAUGUCGGCCACUGCCUCUAAAAAUCAGAGUUUCAUCAAUACAACAUUUUGUCUUGGAUUAUUUAAAACCAGGGGUUACAAAAAAAAUUUAUCUUGUUAUUUUUCCAAGGUUAACUUUAAAAAUCAUGUAAAUAAAUUCUGUUUCCUCAGGGAGGAAGAAAAAGAGAGAUAGCAAUAUAGUUUUCUUUAAAAUAGAAUUAGUGAGCAUAGAAAUAUAUGAAGUCUUUUUUUCUGGCCAGAGUUAUUUAAUGUAAUUAUAAAUGUGUCCCCUUGGCUUUGUUUGAAUCAGAAAUGUAUUAACCCUCUGCAUUCUCAACAUGUUAGGUUCUGAAAGGUAAUAUUAAUUUAUAGGAAUUGAAUUUGAAAUGUGAUCUGACUUAGUUGAUGGUUGACACUUAUGUAGAAAUGAUGGGAAAGGGGUAGGUCUCUAAAAUCUUCUUCUUUCUAUGUGCAAUCAUGCUACUGUAGUAUCUGCAACAGAAUUCCUUCAUUCAUUCUUUAAAAUGAAUGGUCCACAUGCAGACUAGUCUCACGCCAGCAUAAUGUUGUUGUGAUACAGCCAAAGAACAGGAGUCCCAUCGGAAGACAAACUAAUAUGGAAAAGGUUCUCUGAGGGAAAGAAGUUGGAAAGCAAUGUUCUAAAUGAUCUUCUAGAUCCUGGUUCAGCAGAGCACUCAAGCCCAUGGUUAGCUUUACUCACUAAAAUUGUUUAACCGGGUGGCUUAGUUGACAAUGAGCACAAGCAUAUGACAAUGUGCACAAUCCUUUAUAUGAAGAGGGUAUAAUAUGACUAUUACACAUCUAUUCUUGUAUUUGUAUCUUUACAUUGCUCGACAAUCUGGCUUUUUGAGAUGUCAUGCCAUUUGUUGUAGAAAUCUAGAAUGCUAUUUUCCCCACGAUUUAAAUGUAAAAUGGAGAAGAAAUUAAGGAUAUACCAAGAAAUAGCCAACUGAGACUUUUAUAAAACAUACUAAAACUUCAUCUAGUUGAUUAUCCUUCAGUCACUUUUACCAGUGACUCAUGAAGGUUUUUAUGUCUGAGAUAUGCAGUAAUUGUACUAAAAUGGAAAGAGUCAGCAGCCUUACUGAAUUGUGCAAUAUUGCUUUUUACUACAAAAAGGGCUAACUUGCUGGAGAAGGGGCAUGUAAACCACUGUGAAGAACGUCCUUGCAGCAUCUAAUUAAUAGAUUUAUAUAAGAAAAACUAGACCAUUUUAUAAAGUUCAUACAUUAUUGUAAAACGAACUUGGGUUUCUGACCAUUUUUAAGGUCGUCUGAAAUUAUCCGUUAUUUAUUUUUAUCUGAAUAGGGAGGCAGUUUGAAAAAUCUUCUCAGAACAGGAUUUUUUCCUAUGCUCACUUAUUCCAACUUGUUAUAAGACUAAAAGGGCUGGUUUACAGCAACUCCUUCUACAGUUACAAAGGUUCAAAUGAGUGGAUCCUAUUUGCAAGAUUACUUGGAAGUCACAGCAAGGAAGGAAUAAUGAGGGAACCCAAUUCAUCUUCGAGUAUUGGAAAACUCUUGGAUUAUAGGUGACAAACUGGCCUCUGGGCAAUUCUUGCAAUUGGACAAUAUAAAGCUAGUUUAAAAGUUGCUUCUGCUGGUUUUAGUACAGACUUCAGACUGAGAAUUAUCAUGAUUACAGUAUUUGUCACGACUUUUCAAUCAGCUUAUGAAAUAUACUUUUUUCUUGUAUCAACAGUGUUAUCUCGGGGUGGGGGGUUGCUUUCCAAGAACCUUAGGGUUAACCAAAGAUUAAAGAUUCAGGGAGCAAAAUGUUUUAUUAUUUGCCAUUUUAUCAUGGUGGUUUAUCUUGGCAUUCAUCUGAAGGAAGGUACAGGAAGGUGAAUGUACAGACAAAAUAAAAGCAAUAGACUUAGCUACUUGUGAAUGGUUUGAGCCAAGAUGAAGUUGUACAUCACAGCCCUAACAGAGAUGCAGUGAACAAACAUUUCAGAUAAUCAAAUACAAUGCUAUGAUGGCUUUAUUGUCAAGCCAGAUUGCUAAAUUCCCAGCAAGAAUGGCUGUUUUAUUAUGUGUAGCCAUUAUGUUCUGCAUUGUUUUAUUGUGGCCCUUAAGCACUUUCAAUGAAUAUAUCCAUAGACGUUUAGUAAACUGUGCAAUUACAGUACCUUGUGACAUUGCCACAUUGUACAACUGCCAGAACUCUGCCCAAGGUGAAAAUAUUGCUGGUGAUGAUUGAACAUGGGAACUGACUUAGUAGCAGUUGAAAAGGAAAGGUCAUCGAGUCGGUGUUGACCUCUGGCGACCACAGAGCCAUGUGGUUUUCUUGGUAGAAUACAGGAGGGGUUUACCAUUGCCAUCUUAUCCCACGCAGUAUGAGAUGAUGCCUUUCAGCACCUUCCUAUAUAACCGCUGCCCGAUAUAAGAGUUUCCCAUAUUCUGGGAAACACACCAGCGGGGAUUCAAACCAACAGCCUCCUGCUCUCUAGGCAGGUUACUUCCCCAUUGCGCCAUUAGGUGGCUCAUAGUAGCCGUAGCUAUAGAUUUUUUAAAAUGCGUAGGAAUGAACUACCAAAACAUUACUGUAGUUGCUACAUGUCCCCUUCAUUGGAACCUGUGCAAGGGUUCCAACAAAUCCAGCAUUGAAAUUAGUAGAUGAUGUACAAAAGCAGGAAAUAGCAGAUAACUCCUAUGUCUUUUCUCACCAAAAUUUUAAGUUCUUAAUCUUCUAUGGAGUUAAUCCAGGGUUGUUUUGUUUUUAAUAAUUAUUUCUACUGUUAUGAUGAUACUGUAAUGUGACAUAAAGUGAGAAUUGGGUGGAAAGUAACUCAACUUGUUUCACUUCUUCUUCCAUUCUUUUAUACUAAACACUAAUAUGCUCCAAGUUCUUAGUCAAGCUUGUAGUUUAACUGCACAGGUAUAGUAAAUGAACAUUUUGUCUUUUAUAAUAAUAAACAAUAUACUUCUUGACAUGGCAUCUAUUAGGCAUAUGUAUCAGUGUAAGAAAAGCUUCCUCAGGUUAUCUUUUAAUAGAACUAGCUUGGAGAUAAUAGCACCAGCUCCUCUGAGGAAGGAUCAUAAAAGCAGAUGACCAUAAUCACAGUUUCCACCAAAACAUCCCACCCAUUAUCUGUAAUGAAAAUAAUGUCCACAAAGCAAAGAUUUGUUGCUAAAGGAGUUGGUAAUAGGGUAGUCAUUUUUAUUUUGUUUUUUCAGAAAACAACAGUUGCAAUCUAGACUAGCACUACACUGUUGCAGAAGUGCUGACUUCCACACUGACACUGUGCCAUUGCGCGCGGGGGGGGUGAUUUUUGGCAAUCUCCCCUUCUUUCUGAAGCUCACGGUACCUCCCAAAAUACGUCUGGGAGGGCUUAUAAGUGAAGGUGAGAUUGGUGAAAAUCACGGGACCCUCACACACAUUUCAUCGCUCUGGGCUCCUUGGAGGAAGAGCGGGAGAUAAAUGUAAAAUAAUAAUAAUAAAUAAUAAUUUGUGCAGAAUUAAUGUGGAUCUGUACACACAUUGGCACAGAAUUAGAGUCAGCAUUGCUGCACCAAUGUAAUGCUAAUCUGGAUGUCUACCAGUACCUAGAUCUAUCUGAGAUGUAGGUCUGAGAUUCUAAGUACACCUUUGGAAGAACCAUUAAUUGGACAUUUCUAAAUCUCAUAGGAUUGCAGUGCCUAGCCUCUCCUCUUUGCUGAAAUCUUAACCUAAGUAUAUGCAUUAAUGUCAACAAGACUGACAAAUUGCAGAUUAUUAGAAACAGUUUACAAAUCACAAGUUCUUAGACUGAAAAUCUGUGUGUUACACAGGCUUUCAGUUUUCUUAAUUAUAUUGACAUUCCUCUUUAAAUGCUUAGGCAUAGAAAUGGGACAUCUGACCAAAUUGUAACAUUGGAACAUUUUUCAGCAAUGACAGAAAAUAUUUUGCAUGAGAGUAGAUAUCUUUGACUAAGAGCUAAUCUAUAGUUGCAGAUGGAUAUCAAGGAUAUUGUCUCUAAAGCUCCAUAGAUCAACCCAUACAUUCAAAUCACCUUUGUAGAUGGUUUAGCAAAGCCUGCCCAUUUCCUAGACCUAUUCAAGAUGUGCAAUCAGUUGACUUUAAAAAAACCAGCUUGUUGGAACUUCAACGUAGAAAAAGGUUUGCAUAAAUCUCCACAAGUUAGGGACUUAAGUUACACACCCUCUAACUGUUCCUAGUGAUGCAAUAUGUCCCUGAGGAUUGGUGGAACCUAAAAGGCAAGGGUUUGGGGGGUGGGGAGUUUAGGGGUCCAAAGGGCGGAAAUGGGUAUUGGCAAGAAUUGCCCCUCUCCCUGAUGUGAAUGGAACAUCUUCAGCUCACAUAAAUACUAGUCAGGAUGCUGCCAAUGUGUAAUUACAGAGGGGAUGUGGCUCAUAAAGUGACCCUGGGUAUAUUAGCAGAGCAAAUGGGGAUACAAGCAUAUCCCCAUUUCCAUUACUUAAAUGUUGGGGGAUAUUAGGCUACAGUCUACAAAACUCUUACUCAGAUGUAUUUCUGAAGCACAUUUGCAGAGUUCCAUUGAACUUUUCUGAGACUGGAAUGGAAUAAAUUGUAACCCAAGAUGCAAUUUAGAUUGCAGCCCUAGUUAAAGCAGAGUUUUGUAUAUGCAUUGUAAGUGGAAACUUAACUCUUGAAUGCCAGGGCUAACUCUUGAAUGCCAUAAUUACUUGUGUUAAUAGUUCUUGCAUCAUGCCCUAUUUCAAAUUAUUUUGCAGCAUAUAAAGUGUUAUUUCUUUAUAUAUCAAACCAUUAUUUUAGUCCUUUUGACAUGUUAGUGCUCACGAGAAAGAGAGAGAGUGUGUGUGUGUGUGUGUUUCAAUUCUUUCUGGAGGGUGUAUAUGAUAUAGUAUAUCCAUACCCCCCAAAUGGUACAGCUGCUGAAAAUUAUAUAUAAUUCUAGUGAAUGUUGAAGAUGUACAUGGUACAAUAAGCUUUCUUUGUGGCUCAAAAGGCUAGAUUCCAAAGUGCACAAUGAGAUGCAAGUUAUCAAGCACAUUUUAAUAAAUGAAGAAGCACUAGACAAAAUGUCAAAUAAAUUCAUGCAUUGAAGGAGAGGAGAGCUGGUCUUGUGGUAGCAAGCAUGACUUGCCCCCUUAGCUGCGCAGGGUCCGUCCUGGUUUCAUAUGAAUGGGAGACUUGAUGUGUGAGCACUGCAAGACAUUCCCCUCAGGGGAUGGAGCCACUCUUGGAAGAGCACCUGCAUACCUGCAUGUAGAAGGUUCCAAGUUCCCUCCCUGGCAUCUCCAAAAUAGGGCUGAGAGAGACUCUUGCCUGCAACCUUGGAGAAGCCGCUGCCAGCCUGUGAAGACAAUACUGAGCUAGAUAGACCAAUGGUCUGACUCAGCAUAUGGCAGCUUCCUAUGUUCCUAUGAAUUUAUUUGCAGAAUUCUAUAAACACCUAUAUAGCUUCACUUUUUAAAAAAAAGCCAUUUACAGAAGGCUCAGCAGGAAUCCCCUGUAAUUGUUUUUGGAAUCUAUUAUAUCUGAUCUAGUAGAUUCUGAUAACAGAAAAUGCUUAGGUUAUUUCAGAGAGCUAGACAAAGAAGGAAAAUGUAGCCAAUAUUUUUCGGUUGCUGCUUCUAUAGCUGUUCCAAAAUGUUUUACUGAAAAUCUGUGACUUGUAUGUCUGCUCCCAGAAGACUCUUUCUUGGUGUUUAGUGAAUGAAUGUAUCUGUGGUUGUAAACUAUGCAUUUUCAUUAAAAAAAAAUACAUCCAUGUUUUAUGAAGACUCAAUAUCUUCCUAAAUAUUUAGAGUUAUUAUGUACUACCCAUGAUGAAUUGCCCAAACUUGCAUUCCCAGCGCACCCCAAAAAAUUCCUAUGUUCAGAGAGAUGAAAGCAAGGAAUAUCAGCAUAGCAUAGACCCUAUCUAUUAUAAUUUGAUGAAGCAUGUUUUUCGAGCUAACACAGUUGAAGAUAAUAGCUUAUAUUCUUGCAGCACACCAACAAUCCAAGUGCAGAGUGUGUGUGUAGGUUCCGUGUGACUCCAAAACCUGUCCACGCUGCUAGCAAAGCUGGAGAGACCCUAUGGCUACUGAGGAUUGCAUCCUCACUGUGGUGAUGCUUCUCCCAUCAUUGCUAUAGCAAUGACUUAAUCCUUAGUAGCCACAGAGCCCUAUUGGCCUUGCUAGCAUUGUGAAUAGGCUUUGCAGUCACACGGAAACAGCACAAAUGCCCUGCUCUUAGAUGAGCCAGGCGCUACACAGAAUGUGAGUCAAUUAACAGAAUCCAGCACAAGUGAAGUUUUUAUAAACCCCAUUGAUUUCAGGGGGAGAAUUAGGCACAUACUUAAGUAACUCUCAGUAAAAAAUCAGUAGGGCCUAAGAAUGAUUUAUUUUGUCUGGGUUUACUCGGUGUUUAUGAUAGGCUAUUUAAAUCUGCCCAUUCUGCCCACACUUCAAAAAUAAUCCUCUAAACUGCUGCCUGAAAAGUGGCAGUUGUUUUAAAUUUAUUUGAUCUAGAGAAACAGUGUUCUAAUAUACAAUCCAUUGUAACUGCAAAGGUGUGGGGUAAAAAUAGCAAAGCAUUAAUUAAGGUGUUUAAGAAGCCUUGAUGUUUUACUGAAAAUUUACUGAAGACUGAAAAAUUCUGACAUCCUAUAUGCACCGUGAUCUCACCCUCACCCCCAGAUUAACAAAUACACCCUUAAGAAUACUAGCAGGAUGAAAAGUCUCUGCUAUUUUCCUCUGGGUCCCGAUAUAAACAUGACGUACUUGCAUCAAUGGAGAUGUGUGCAGAUUUAGAGGGAUCUACCUGCAAACAUUAUAUUACUGAAGUGCUGGGUCUUGUGACAAUAUUCAGAUAACCACCUUUACGUACAUCACUAAGGGCUUCGUCAUAAUAGUAUAUUGUAAUCCUGUGUUGAGAGGUCAUGGAAGGCAUAAUUUCUAGGUUGCCUCGGAUUAGCUUCAAGCCUACCUCCAAGCAGGACCUGUAAGUUAAUUCACUAGAACUGAGCAAGGAUCUCUCUGGGGAGUAACUGCGGCCUACCUCUGAAGUGACAAUGGGGACAAAUUGCAACUACCCUAGGUGAAUGCUGCAAAAAAUACAAUCAAAGCCUGUAAGACUCUGUCAUUUCUGCAGUUUUGCUUUUAUUGGGAUUGGUGGAACUCCUUCCAAAGAAGCAACAAGAGUGUUCUCCUUGUCUUUAAGGAUGGUGUCUUUUAUCAUCCAUUUAAUAUGGGAAAAUUCACUUUAUAAAAUAUUUGAAAGAGAGCUUCCAAUUUUGGCACUAAUGGAAAUACUGGAUACUUUUAAUAUAUAUAUUUAGAAAGUUAUUUGAAAAGAAAUGUUAUGUCUUUUUAUAUAAUUUUUAGCCAAAUGCAGGUAUUCUGGUUACUACUUCUGUGGGUUCCUAUUGGACUGUAAAUGCAAAAAAUAAGAAUUAAUCCCUAGUUCAGGUUUCAAAACCCUGGAGGAAAAAAACUGACUGUUGAAUGGCUUUGCUAGCUUUUGGUAUAUGGUGUGUUUGUAUAUAUAUCUCUAUAUAUAUUAUAAAUAUAUAUGAAAAUAGGUCCAUAUGGUUAGUUGUUUAGUGUUUUUAUCGCUGUUCUCUAAGGAAAGAAAAUGUGUUUUGUAUUGCUUUAUGAAUUAAUGAAAAAGGCUUUAAUGCUAUGGUUUAAAAAACGUUUUCUAACUAUUUUACACCAGAAAUGGAUAAAUAAUUCUAGUCUGGUGCAAAUCACAAUUCCGGAAGCAGAAUUUGAGAUUUUAGAGUGGCUCUAAUGAAUGGCACCAGGUAAAGUGCACUUUCUUGCGGCACACAAUGUGUUAUCUCUGAAUGGACUUUCCAAAAGACCACAAAAUGUUUACAUGUUUUCUUGUGUCCACUCCCCCCUCCCUUACAAGAGUUGCAAAAAUCGAAAUGUUUCCACUUUAGGGGGAAAGCAAGCAAGCAAAUAUGUGAUGAAUUACUGAAGUAACAUGAUUCAAGAAUGGAUCAUUAGAAGUAGAUUAGUAUGUUUGUAAAAUCCAUUUUAAUGAUAGUCUCCAAUCAGUGAGCUCUAUUUUGUGAUGCUUGGAUGUGACAAAUAUGCCGUUGCUUAUCUAGUCUUAAUAUCAUUGUUUACUUGUAUUUUAAUGUUAAUGGCUAUUCCAUGGGUUGCACUUGCUUGAACUCUGUUGGAUUACUGGCCGUCUUGCGAAAACUAUUCAGACUGUUAUGAUGUUCACAAACAUUACUUAAAUGCACUUAAUUGAUUUACUACCAUGGAGUAUGUUGAAUUAUUUCAUGUAAUAAAGGCCUUUGUGUAUAA